GCUCGAGAGAGGGAGGAACAAAGCUACGAAAGGAGAAAGCCUCUAUUUUGCUUCUCUUUAGUUUUUCCCCCUUUUCGAUUUUUUUUCAUCUAUUUAUCACAUCCAAAUUAAUUACGUCUUUCAUCACAAUUACUGGCUUCCUAUGUUUUCACGACGUUGCGUGGAUCGGCUUUCUGCUGAUUUGAGGCAAAUCUUUGACGAAUUCAAGCUGUGAAUCUGAGCUGUUGGAGUUGAGUGAUAGAAGCUUUUGAUGGUUUUUUUUUCUGGGUUUCUCUCUGGGGUUGAUUUCUUAUUCCAAUAGAUGUUGAAUUUGGUAUCAAAUUGGGAAAUUUAGUGAACGAAGUUGAUUGUUUCUCCCUUUCUUUUUUCAUACACAAGUUUUUAUUCAGCAGACAAUUUGAAAUUUGGAUAAGUAAGAAUGGAGAAAGGUGAAGGCGGAGGGGAUUUGAAUUUCCCUCCGAAAAAGACUCAAACCGAGGCUGCAGCGGCAGCGGCUCCGACGACAUCGACGGAUUUCCCGGCGGCAAAGAAGCUCGCGCGCCAGCUGGAUUUUAAUAGUGUUGGUGGCAGUGGCAGUGCAUCAGUUACGGCGUCUACAGUUGUUUUCCCUGAGCAUCCUCAACGGCUGAUGGCAGGACAGAUGCAACAGCCACCGCCGUCUCCGUCACAGCCAAAGCUGCCGCCGCCGCAACCACAACUACAUCCUCACCCUCAGCCACACCCUCAUCCAAUACCGUUGAAUCCAUCGAUGCAGCAAUCUCACGCUGCAACCACUCAUCAACAACCACCUAUAAGACCUGUGAAAAUCGAAUCUCCAAAAGCACGUCCAAGACAAAAUGUUGAAAUAAAAGAAGGAACUCCAAAGAAACAAAAACAAUGCAACUGCAAACACUCACGAUGCUUAAAGUUAUAUUGUGAAUGCUUUGCAUCUGGAAUAUAUUGUGAUGGAUGCAACUGUGUAAACUGUCAUAACAAUGUUGACAAUGAAAGUGCAAGAAGAGAUGCUGUUGAAGCAACAUUGGAACGAAAUCCAAAUGCAUUUAGACCUAAAAUUGCAAGUAGUCCACAUGGAACCCGUGAUCAUAGAGAAGAAGCAGGGGAAGUAGUUGUGGUAUUAGGAAAACACAACAAAGGAUGCCAUUGUAAAAAAUCCGGAUGCUUAAAGAAAUACUGUGAAUGUUUUCAAGCAAACAUUCUUUGUUCUGAUAAUUGCAGAUGUAUGGAUUGCAAGAAUUUUGAAGGAAGUGAAGAAAGACAAGCUCUUUUUCAUGGUGAUUCAGGCAAUAAUAUUGCUUAUCUUCAACAGGCGGCAAAUGCCGCCAUUACCGGAGCAAUUGGCUCCUCUGGUUAUGGAUCACCGCCGGUUUCCCGGAAAAGGAAGGGGCAAGAACUCUACUUUGGUGGGCCCAUGGAAAAAGAUUCAUCAUCUCUUCAUAGGAUUCCACAGUUUCAACAAAUGAAUCAUGUUAAAGCUUCUGUUUCUUCUUCUUCUUCUUCUUCAAUGUCUCAUGUUCUUCUUCCACCUCGUGUUUCUAAUGUUGCUCCAGUGGGCCCUUCUAAAUUUACAUACAGGUCUCUUUUAGCAGAUCUUAUUAGGCCAGAUGAUAUAAAGGAGCUUUGUUCUGUUUUAGUGGUGUAUGCAAAUGAAGCUGCAAGAAUGCUUGCAGAUGAUCAGAGAGAAAGCUCAACAUUAAAAGAAGAACCUGAAACUGAAAAAGUGGUGGCAGAUGAACCUUCAAGUGGGGCCCACAAUGAUGAUGAUGAUGAAAUGGGCCCAAAUGGGUCGGGUUCAGAUGGGCCAGAUGGGUCAAAAGGUAGGCCCAUGUCCCCUGGAACUUUAGCAUUGAUGUGUGAUGAACAAGAUACGGUUUUCACUGCUUCAAAUUCUAUACCCGGUGGGGCCCACGUGCCAGCUCAGCUGCCACAUGGACAGGUGGUGACUGAAACAUAUGCUGCUCAGGAGAAGAUUGUCUUGACAGCUUUUCGGGAUUGUCUUAAUCGCCUCAUCACUUUUGGAGAAUUGAAAGAAACACAAUGCUCUUCAUUGGCUAGAAGUGAUUCAGGAGGUCAAAGUCAAAUGGAAAGUCAACAUGAACAAGUCAACAAUGGCUUUGAAAACAAUGGAACACAUAUGAAAAUCCCUUUUCGUGCUGAAAAUGGAGAAUUAAAAUUAAAACAAGAAAAAGAGAGAUAA